GUUCCAAAACACCCUGACCCGCGAGAACAAUAUUAUUAUGAAUAAUUUAAUAUUAUAUUGUCUGAAUCGUGUAAAUCGUAGUUUAGUGGUGUGUAAUUUGUAAUAUUUUCUUUAAACCAACCUUCAGCAUUUAAAUACAUCCUGUUCAUCUCUUGGAAAAGAUCAAUUUAGGACAUGUCUGAACAAACUGAGUUACGUGGCUAUCAGAUCUGCCAACCAAGCAAGAGAAGCAAAUGAUCAACGCAUAGAGUCAAGAAAGAAACAUUUGCUGCUAAUGAUAUUGCAUUUUCUUGACCAAGAAGGCUAUGUAACAAGUGCACACACCCUGGAAGGUGAAACGAGUCUCUGUCUUGGCAAAUACGAGAUCUGUGACAACAUAGAUCUGGAGACAGUACUGCAGGAAUACGAGUCCUACUACUAUAUCCGGUUUCAGAAGCAGCCAAGGUUUAUUAAGAAGAUAACCACCAAAAGUGCUGAUCCUCAUUCAAGAAGAACGCACAAAGAGCGACAACAAAUUCAUUGUAAAGAUCGUAGCGCCUCCCUACCAAAACUGGAGGCUGAGACACAGCAGUUCACCCAGAGUGGCUUUAUUCCAGCUGUCGUUCCAGCCAUUGGCGUCAUACCCGCUGCUCUACCAGCUUCAGCAAUAAGUUCACUACCUGCUGACAAAUAUGCAGCGACAGUUGGGGGCAGUAAGGAGAAUAGUAAUGUUGAGGCCCAACAAGGCAGACCAAGAGGAGGCAAUGCUACAAACAGAGGAGCACAGAAGGCAAAGACAACUGCCUCUGAAAGGCAUCUGCUAGAAAAAACGAAAGACUCUAAACAGGUUAAUGGGUUACAGACAAACUCCUCUCUGGAACUGGAAGGUCAAGCAACUGGAAUAUCUGUACAGAACAAAUCGCACAUGUCAGCUAGUGAUCGAUUUCCAGCAAAGCCACUGAUUGAUACCAACUUGAAUGGCAAGGAACAAAAUGAAAUGAAUGCGAGUGAUGUUGAUAGUGUGACUGACAAGUUGUUGAAGCCGGUGAGUGCUUUUUCCAAUUACAACAGUGAGUUAAGUGAGUUGGCACAGGUCAUCACUAGAGACAUCUACCUAAGGAAUCCUGCUGUCAAAUGGAGUGACAUUAUCGGUCUUGAUAAUGCUAAGCGAUUUAUCAAAGAAGCUGUCGUUUAUCCAAUAAAGUAUCCUCAACUGUUCACUGGGAUACUAAGCCCCUGGAAAGGGUUACUGCUUUAUGGACCACCAGGAACAGGAAAGACCAUGUUAGCUAAGGCUGUAGCGACUCAGUGUAGAACGACCUUCUUCAACAUCUCAGCCUCCAGCAUUGUAAGCAAGUGGAGAGGUGAUUCUGAGAAGCUCAUCCGGGUACUGUUUGAGCUUGCACGAUACCAUGCUCCAUCCACGAUAUUCCUAGAUGAAAUAGAUUCUAUUAUGAGUCAACGUGGCUCUGUUGGGUCUAGCAGUGAACAUGAAGGUAGCAGACGAAUGAAGACCGAGCUGUUAAUUCAGAUGGAUGGCCUAGCAAAGACGGAGGACCUUGUGUUUCUCUUGGCUGCAUCUAACUUACCUUGGGAGCUGGACGAUGCAUUGUUGCGGAGGCUCGAGAAGAGGAUCCUUGUUGACUUGCCUUCCUUCGAAGCCAGAGAAGCCAUGUUUCAGCAUUAUCUUCCAGCAUUGGUCAUCGAUCGGUCAAAGGGACUAGAACUGAAAAGCAUUAUCAGUUACAAACAGAUUGCGGAGAAGAGUGAUGGGUACUCGGGAUCUGAUAUCAGACUGGUGUGCAAGGAAGCAGCCAUGCAACCACUUAGAAAGGUGUUUGACAUCCUAGAAAACUGCACUGAAGGGGAUGAUAUCAACAACAUUGUUCUGGAUGAGAUUACGACGGCAGAUGUAGAAUCGGCCCUUCGUGGUACAAAACCUUCUGCAUCACACCUCAGUGGACGAUACACCACCUGGCAGAAGCAGUUUGAAUCUGCAUGAACAAUGAAGUUUGAGGUCGGAGAAUUAUGUAGCAGAGCUGUCACGUAUGGAAGCCAGGCAAGGAAUAAGAGACUGAGAGUACAAGUGCUUGCCAAUGUGGUCCUAGUCAUCUGUGCAAGCUUGCUGACGAGAUCUGUUCAUUAGAGGGAACAUCUCGAGUCUGUACAGAAUCAUAAGACGUUCCCGGCUGUCAAGUCCUGUGUCGCGGCUCUGUGUGAAUCGAUGUUGUUGUUCAGCUGUCUAUAAGUUGGAAGCUCAGUUAGGACUUGUUAUCUAAUGAGUGUGAUUGCUAUAUGCAUGUAAAUAUGAAGCGUGAAUACUGUCACUUUGGUCGAUAUCUAUCACUGAAAAUGAGUGAAAAUGAAGCCUAAUCAGACAUUUUGAAAAUACGUCUGAUUAAAAGGUGAACGAUUGGUGACACUAAAGAAAAACAGUUGAAUCUUUAAAUAUGUUUACUGGGAGCUGUAAGCGUUCAGCGUGUAAUGCAGUCACCUAAUAUUAAUAAUCAAUAAUGUCUUUGAGGAACAAGCUUAGCCUCUCUAACAAUAAUAAACGGAAUAAUUCACUGAAACCCGUGAAUGUUCAGCAUUGGGAAUAGUUUGAUGGGGGGGGGGGCUCUGUGAUAAAGACAGACUGAACUGCUCAAUCUAGCAGGUGCUAUAUACGUGCUUUCUGUAACCUAUGAUCGCCGUAAUACUAUUGAUAGUGACGUAGGAGCCACUGAUGAUACUAGCAGAGGGCUAGACUUUAUGGCGUACAGACAUUUUCUCGGAAACAAAAUAUCAUUUGCACUCAUAUUGUAGAUAUGUUCGACUGAAGACAUGCGACAAUAGAUGUGAUUUAUUAAUAAGGCAUGUAUUGGUAUUGCUGUUUUUACAAAAAGACGGAUGAGAAGUGUAGAUUACCUGUGUGGUACGUUGUAUCAAUAGAAUUGUUUUAGAAACGGAAUUUGUAACACAUUGUUUUACACAUUUGGUCUGCGAGGUAUAUAUAUGUCAUUUGGAUUAUCCCUUUUGUCUGUCGGUAUACCUGGGGACAAGUUGUAUUCGGUGCCGUAUUACUAAGCAAUACCUUGAUUUAAACGAAUGUUUUAUGUUUUUAAAUUCGGAUAUACGCGGCUUUCCAUCUUGUUUUUUCAAGUACUCCGUCCAAUUAUACGAUCAUUUUAGAAAGCUGAUAAGUAAUAUAUGACGCUAUCUGCUACUCUGUAUAUACAUUAAUACAAUGUUCGUGUUUUUUUUGUAUACACGCGGUGAUGUUGUGGUGCAAGAGACGGCCACAGGUCAGCAACGAUACAGCGUAGUUUUACUCUGGACUGUUAUAGUGAUUAGAGUAAUACCGCUCUUAUCGAGCGUGGUUGAAUAAAUAAAUGAGAGUUUCGGGCCGCUUCUCUCGGCAAUGGAUGGUGUGUGCUGGUCGGGGCGAUUUGUGAGUCUUUAUAGCAAGGGCGUAUAGGUACGCUCAACUGUACUAUCUGGUCAGAAAUUUGUGCGCGUGAUGCCGACCGCAGGAAUCCUUUCUUGAUAACAUUUUUGAAAUAUUGCGUGGUAAUUAUUCAUAUAUAUAUAUAUAUAUAUAUUUCAAGAAUGCAAAAGCCAUUAAAACAGUAUGACCAACUUCUUUGCUACAAGAACGCAAAGAUAUAUGCUUAGUGCUAGUCACUGAUUAAUCGCGAUCAUAUUAAGUCUAUGGGCAUAUCUGUAGUUCUCGUUAUAGCGUGAAGCUAUCAACAGUUAAUUGAUAUAUUAUUUCACUCACGACCCUAUGUUUAUUGGAAAUACAUUUGUUUAUAGUCAUAAUGUCAAUCGCAUAGUUGUCAUUAGAAUCGGGAAGUUUUUUAAAAGUAGAGUGAAACCACUCAACUACACGUAUAUAUUUGGUAAGUAUCGUAUGUUUUCCUAACAUUCUGAGGUUGAUCGUUUUGUAAGUCUUCGUUACACCUGUGAAAUGUGUUCGAUCGUACGGCCGACAUGAUCUGGUUGCCGUCUGUAAAAAAUGUGUAACCGCUGUGAUACUGUAACUAUUUUUCCAACGGUUGCCAAAAGUCUUCGCCGGACUCGAACUUUGAAUUCUUAAUAAUAAAAUAUAAUAUAAGUAGUAUUUUAGUUAA